AUGAUGUCUAUCACCAUGUCAUAUGAGGGUCUAAUUACAGCUCGUCUUCGUCCUGUCAAAGUCUUAUGGAUGGCUGAUGGGGAUAAACAAGGGAUAGAGAAGGAACAAAUAAAAGUAAGACAAAAAGUAAUGAGUAUGGUCGUAGCUAACUACUGCUUCCUCUCCUGUCUCUUCACGCGAGUUGCAACAAAAGAACAAGAGGCACUAGUAGAUUGCUCUAUUUCUCUCACUGUAGUGAUGAAACCAGCUUCUCUUCCUUCUCCAAUAUCAUCAUCACCAUCAUCAUCAUUAAUACUUCCUUCUACUGUCGAUGGAUUAGUGGAUAAUUUUUUCGACCUCUGUUGA